ACCGAGUUGUGGUCACCACCAUGGCUUGGUCUCAACACAAAAAGGUUAAUCCCCCCUUGAUCUCCAUACUCUGUAUUACCUCCUGAGAUCUCGGUGCUAUCUACAGAUGAUGCAUUGAGAUGAGAUGAAUUGUAAGAAGUGAUAUUUCUACAAGGUAGUAGAUAUAUAAAGCCAUAAUGGGUCGAGAGUCAUCAUCAUCGACUAUAUGGCUGCAGUUGCCUCCUAUUCAUUCAUCUGUGAAGUUAUUGCAAUACUCAUCAUAUCGAUCAACUAAUACGCUUUGACAUAUACUCACAAUGAAGCUGGCUAUGGCUCUCAUCACACUGGUUGGACUGGCUGCCGCCAAUCCCAGACCUCAACUUCCAACUCCCGACAUGCCUCCCCCGCCUCUCUCUUCUCACGCUCCUCCUCCUCCAGAGACAGACGAUGAUCCUAAACCUCCGCCUACAACUUCAACAACCACUUCAACUUCCAAGGGCGGUCCGCCUCCAGAGCCGACCAAAGCGCCGCCCACCCCAGACGGGCCCAUCUGCGAAUGCGGCUACACGUAUUGCGCAUCCGUGCUGAUGGGCAUGAAAAAGCCGUGGUCUCAGAAGCAGCUGGGCGAGGCAUACUGCGACACGCCCAACGCUAGCUGCGACAACAACGUGCCGGCCACCAACAUCACGUCUGCCCUCUACAUUUGUCUCUGUGACGACCCUGAUCAAGAGGUUGGUGCGCAUCUGGAUCUUGUUUGCGGGUGUGACAAGUGUCUGAACAUUGGGCCUGACUUCCGCGGCCGCUGCGAGACUCCGUGCCACGCUGGGAACUGCCAGAUGCAGAUGCAGCUGCAGUGAGGGAUGGGAUGUUUGAAGAUGAUUUUGUUUUGAUGAUUUGCGUGCUUGAAGCGGACCUUAGCU